AUAUAACCGGCGUCCGCGCGGCCGGGCGCCCACAGUGAGCGGCCCCCACCAGCGGCGCCGGAUCUUGUGCUACCCAUCGCUACCCGCUCUAAGUGACCGGAAUCGCCUCGCCCACCGCCACCAUCGCUAUGCCCGGGUAUUCCAGCGACAGGGAUAGAGGGUUUGGAGCCCCUCGUUUUGGAGGAAGUAGAGGUGGACCUCUCUCUGGGAAGAAAUUUGGAAACCCUGGAGAGAAACUUACAAAAAAGAAAUGGAACUUGGAUGAGCUGCCCAAAUUUGAGAAGAACUUCUACCAAGAACAUCCGGAUGUAGUUAGACGUACUGCGCAAGAAGUUGAACAGUACAGAGCGAGCAAAGAGGUCACAGUUAGGGGCCAUAACUGUCCAAAACCAAUCAUCAACUUUUAUGAAGCAAACUUCCCUGCAAAUGUUAUGGAAGUAAUUCAGAGGCAGAACUUCACUGAACCAACUGCUAUUCAAGCACAAGGUUGGCCUGUUGCAUUGAGUGGAUUGGAUAUGGUUGGAGUGGCACAGACUGGAUCAGGGAAAACACUCUCUUACUUACUGCCUGCCAUUGUGCAUAUAAAUCAUCAGCCAUUCCUGGAGCGAGGAGAUGGGCCUAUUUGUCUUGUGUUGGCACCAACCCGUGAACUGGCCCAACAAGUGCAGCAGGUAGCUGCUGAAUACAGCAGAGCAUGUCGCUUGAAGUCCACGUGUAUUUAUGGAGGUGCUCCUAAGGGACCACAAAUCCGUGACCUGGAAAGAGGUGUGGAAAUCUGCAUUGCAACACCUGGAAGACUUAUAGACUUCCUAGAAGCUGGAAAGACCAAUCUCAGGAGGUGUACUUACCUUGUCCUUGAUGAAGCUGACAGGAUGCUUGACAUGGGAUUUGAACCUCAGAUCAGAAAAAUUGUGGAUCAGAUUAGACCUGACAGGCAGACUCUGAUGUGGAGUGCCACAUGGCCUAAGGAAGUGAGACAGCUGGCUGAAGAUUUCCUGAAAGAAUAUGUGCACAUCAACAUUGGUGCACUGGAACUGAGUGCAAACCACAACAUUCUUCAGAUUGUGGAUGUGUGUCAUGAUGUGGAGAAGGAUGACAAGCUUAUUCGUUUGAUGGAAGAAAUCAUGAGCGAGAAGGAAAACAAAACAAUUGUUUUUGUGGAAACCAAAAGGCGUUGUGAUGAUCUUACCAGAAAAAUGAGGAGAGAUGGGUGGCCAGCGAUGGGUAUUCACGGUGAUAAAAGUCAGCAGGAGCGGGACUGGGUUCUAAAUGAAUUCAAACAUGGAAAAGCACCAAUCCUGAUUGCUACAGAUGUUGCAUCCAGAGGUCUAGGUUAGUAAAACUCGUACUGCCAGUUGCCCAAAGCUUUUAAAGAAAGUCUAUUGCUUUCUUUAACCUCUGCAUUUUUCUAAGUUUUCUUCACAUAAAGGUGCAGUCUUUGUGGCAAGGCCUAGGCAUGACAAUCGGAGGACUCGAGGGGGAUGGAGGACUAGUGGAAAUGAUCGGCUGGCUGCUUCCAGUCAAAUAGAGAGGUGAAAGCUUGAGAGCAUUGUGUGCCAGUAAUCUUCAAAAGGCAAAGAUCAUCCUUUAAACUACUACCCCAUAAACUGUUCUCUCAUGAAAUAAGCAGUUUCAUUCACAGUUCACUUUGCCCUGGUAUUUCUCUUCUCUCCAUGCUUUGCAUGAUUUGCCAUGGUGCAGUACUGUUAGUUUUGUGCAUACUGUCUGCUGUGAUCUGUGGGUCUUUGAAUUUCAGUGAGUUUUUUGAAAUGUUGAAGAAAAUAAUUUUAAACUUCAAUGUUCAAUGAAAUUUUUUUCAACCAUGAAAUGGAGAGAGCAGCUUUAAAAUGUACUAAGCCUUGUACAAAUUGGUGAGUACUGGCACAUGAAAUCUGAGAAUAAAAGUCCACCUCUCACUUUAACAAGUGGGGCAGGAAAGCAAUAUGGCUUUUCAAUGCCUUUGAAAGUCGAAGUUCCUCCACCUAUACGUAGUCGUCAUGUCGAGACCUGCCAGAGAGAGACACAUUCUCAAGUGAACCCUGGCUUCUUGGAAGCGCUUGCCUAGACGAGACACAGUGCAUAAAAACAACUUGGUGACUUUGGGGGGACAGGUAUGUUUUUCUUGCAGCUGCGGUUCAAAGGUCUUGGCAAGACGAGCAGUGUGGCCCCUUUUUUUUUUGAGCUUCUAAUGAGUGUGUAUGUGAAGGACCUUGUAUGUUUUUACUCUAAGGUCCUCAAUUGAGCACAUGAAGAGGCUGCUGUGAGCUUUAGUGGCCCUACUGCAAGAAGCUUUCAGAUGUCACUUGAUGAUUUGUAAAGGGGACACUUGAGUUGGGAAUGACAAGCAAAUGCACACUCCUUAUGGUAAGGUUUUGGAUCACAGGGUGGGUGAUGAGAACGGGAUCAGACGGAGUGUGCGUAACUUUUCUCUUCCACAAAACUCUUGCAGAAAUGGAUGAUUCUAACACUGUUCUUUGCAGCCAUUAUGCCCUUUAAAAUACUCUUGUCUAAUGUUUAUCUUCGAUUUGGCUGUUGUGGUGUGCAAAACUUUGUACCUCGUUUUUUGCCACACUGCAACACUUUACAGAUGUGGAAGAUGUGAAAUUUGUCAUCAAUUAUGACUACCCUAACUCCUCAGAGGACUAUAUCCACCGAAUUGGACGAACUGCCCGCAGUACCAAAACAGGCACAGCAUACACAUUCUUUACUCCUAACAAUAUUAAGC